AUGAUGUCUUACCUCAAACAACCCCCAUAUGGCAUGAACGGGCUGGGCCUGGCCGGGCCAGCCAUGGACCUCCUGCAUCCUUCCGUGGGCUACCCGGCCACCCCGCGGAAGCAGAGGCGGGAGCGCACCACCUUUACACGCUCGCAGCUGGACGUGCUCGAGGCGCUCUUCGCCAAGACUCGCUACCCUGACAUCUUCAUGCGCGAGGAGGUGGCGCUCAAGAUCAACCUGCCAGAGUCCAGAGUCCAGGUCUGGUUCAAGAACCGCCGUGCCAAAUGCCGCCAGCAGCAGCAAAGCGGGAGCGGGACCAAGAGCCGCCCAGCCAAGAAGAAGUCGUCCCCCGUGCGGGAGAGCUCGGGCUCGGAAAGCAGCGGCCAGUUCACGCCGCCCGCUGUGUCCAGCUCCGCCUCAUCCUCCAGCUCGGGCUCCAGCGCCUCCGCCAACCCAGUGGCGGCAGCGGCUGCAGGCCUGGCCGGGAACCCGGCGGUGGCAGUCCCGUCGUCGUUGAGUACGCCGGCUGCUUCAUCCAUCUGGAGUCCGGCCUCCAUCUCGCCGGGCUCAGCGCCCGCGUCGGUGUCAGUGCCCGAGCCGUUGGCCGCGCCUAGCAACGCAUCGUGCAUGCAGCGCUCGGUUGCAGGCGCCGCCUCGGCCGCAGCCUCUUACCCCAUGUCCUACAGCCAGGGCGGCAGCUACGGGCAGGGCUACCCUGCGCCCUCCUCUUCCUACUUUGGCGGCGUGGACUGCAGCUCAUAUCUAGCGCCCAUGCACUCGCAUCACCAUCCGCACCAGCUCAGCCCUAUGGCACCCUCCUCGAUGGCCGGCCACCACCACCACCAUCCGCAUGCGCACCACCCGUUGAGCCAGUCCUCAGGCCACCAUCACCAUCAUCACCACCACCACCACCAGGGCUACGGCGGCUCGGGGCUCGCCUUCAACUCUGCCGACUGCUUGGAUUACAAGGAGCCUGGUGCCGCCGCUGCUUCCUCCGCUUGGAAACUCAACUUCAAUUCGCCCGACUGUCUGGACUAUAAGGACCAAGCCUCAUGGCGGUUCCAGGUCUUGUGAGGCCAGGAGUGGAAGGAAGAGGAGAAGAAACUCAACUACCUGCGCCCUCCGUGGUCCCCGUCCUGUUGCUGCUGCUGCCACCGCCCGCCUUCGCCUCGGCUUCUGCAGACCUGAAUUUUCAUGCCCCUAAAAGAUGCCCUUUGCCUGCACUGCCGCCCUCAUCUUUCUGCCACUUGUUUGGGGGAUGUGCAGACCCGCCCAACCCUUGGAUGAAGGGACCGGUGCCUCGGCUUGGCCCGCAAGUUCUAUAUGGGGAGGGCUGUGUGCUCUCCUCCUCAACCCCUAACGAACUCCUAAGCCACUCUCCUCCAGUCUUUCUGGGCAGUUAUUAUGCACUUGCAGACUUCGGAGGCUCUUUGCUCUGACUCGCUGUUUGAGCCCUACCUAUACUUUUAUUUAUUCUUUCUGGACACUGGAGUCCCUAACUGGCAUGUGUCUGCCCAUUGGAGUGCACCCACACUCCACCCCAAAUCAAAACAACCACUAAGUGUUUCUCGCUUGCAGACUACCGCUCCUUCAGAGGCCCUCGCCCCUGCUCCCCGCCUGCAGGCCUGACCUUCCCGGCGUUUUCUCCUCCCCAGCAGG